AUGAAAAAAUUUACAUUCACUCCUCGCAUUUUGCCUUCCUUUCUUAUGCCGAACCCAGCAUGGCGACACCAUCGAAAAAACGUGACGUUGAAGAAAUGGAUGUUCAAUCAGAUGAAGAUGAUGACGACUUGGAUGAUUAUUCCUCAAGUGAAGAGGAAGAUGAAGACGGUAUCGCAGAUGAGGAUGUCCAAGUAGAUUUUGAAGCAGUGCCACCCACUGAUGCCGAUGCUAAUGGUAUCCGUACUCUACUCUCACAGCUGUUCCUGAAAGCAAAUAUCAACCUUGGUCAGUUAGCCGAUACCAUCAUAUCACAGAAUUACAUUGGAUGUGUCCUCAAGGUAUUAAACACUUUUGUCACAAACUUUUAUGUGUGGCUGGAUGGUUUUUUUUCUUUUUUAUUUAGCAGCAGUUUAACCCUUUCAAAUCUCGAAUCUGUAAAACAGUUGAAAGCUAUGCUUCUUAUGCAGUGCGAAAAGUGGGCUGCAGACAAACUGCCUGUAUUUAAUCAAAUUUUAUUGGACACAUGUGAGAAGCAAAUUGGAUUCCUAAUUAGUGAAAGAUUCAUUAACAUGCCCUCUUCUGUAGCAGUACCACUGUACGAAUCAUUAAGCAAAGAUCUCCAGAGUGAAAAGGUCAACAAGAUGAAUUACAAGUUUGACCAAUUCAUUUUAAUAAGCAAAACUUGUCGUCCACGAAUUGAAGGUUCCAAAGAGAGACCAGUUGAUGAGAAUGAAAUAACUUUCCUUAACCUUGAAGAACAAGUUUUAUUAGAGAUAGCAAAAAAUAAUUCCGGAGUACGUCUUGUUUCUCAGGAGUUAUCUUAUCUUCUGAAGUUACUUCCCUUGGCACAGGAAGUUUAUGUCACUGCUGAAUACAAGCAGUGUGCCAAACAUUAG